GCGAUUAGUGAGGCGGGGAACCGCGACAUGGAAAACGUCAGUUGGGUGUUCGCGGAGCUGGAAAUUUAUAAGAGCUCCGUGCACAGAUUCACUCAGAUCGCGCUUGUAUUCGCCGUCGUAGAAAACGGCUGUAACCAAGGGUGAGAACAGUGACAACAAAGCUGAAUGCUUUACGCGUUGGUCGUACGCGAUAUCGCGUUCUUCCGUCGUGAUUUGCGGGAGGUGCACGUAAAAUUUAAAACAUGAAACAUAGGAAUACGACGGUGCUAUAAUUCAGUUUCAGUGUCGGAAUAAUGGAGAUACAAGAAGGAGUCGUUCGUAAACGGACUUUCCGAAGUUAUUUACAACACGUACCGCGUCGUUUGUCGGAAAUAGUGGAGCAUUUCUUUUAUGGACUUGGGUUAAGAAUCGCUCGACGACCACUGAAAUGGCUGAUUGGCAGUACUGUGAUAGUUUUAGUUUCUCUUUCUGGUUUAUAUUCCUUUCACCAAGAAAAGAACCCAAUGAAGCUAUGGGUUCCACAGGAUUCCGAUUUCAUUCACGACACAGAAUGGAUGAUCGAUCAGUUCGGGCAAGGAUUAAGAAUAGAAUCUAUGAUAUUAACAGCUGACAACGUAUUAGAACCGGAAGCUCUUGCGACAUUGAACGAAAUAACGAAGCAGAUUAUUUCUGUACAAACUUCUGACCACAUUGCAUGGACAGACGUAUGUUUCAAAGUGCCUGUUAUAUCAGGUAUUGUACAUAGAAAGAAACGGAACCCAGAGUUUGAUGAUUUUUUUGAAAUCGAACCUGAUAUUAAUAAAACCAGGAUUGAACCUGCGGUUCACGCUAACGCUCAGCUGUAUUGUAAUAUAGUGGACAACUUGCCAAAAGCUUGCCUUUUAAAUAGUAUUGUGGACAUAUGGGAGUACAACAAUAAUGUAAUUCUUCAAAAAUCCAGAGAAGAAAUUCUCAAUGACAUAACCAAAGCAAAGGUUAGCCCUACCUUAGGACAUCCGCUGAACUUUACAGAAUUGUUGGGUGGCAUAACGAAAGAUGAACAGGGUAGAAUUAUCUCAGCUAGAGCUGUAAAAACGCAGUGGGCAGUGCACAUAAAUUUUUCAAAAGUGGAUAUGGAUAACUUUGGGAACGACGUUGGAACAGCUGAUUGGGCUACGGAUGAUGUAUUGAAAUGGGAACUGUCCUAUUUGGAUGUACUGCACAGAAAUGCAGAACUGUUGAAUGCUAUGAGACGUGUAAAUCAUACACUGGCUAUCUGGUACGAAGCUGGUAGAAGUUUCGGGGAUGUUACUUUUGUAACAAUGUUUGGAAAUAUUGAUAUACUGUCGAUAGGAUUCAUUUUAAUGUUCUUCUAUGUUCUAGUCAUAUUUUCUGAUUAUAAUUGGGUGGGAUGGCGAAUUUACCUCACAACUGUUGGUCUUUUAUGCGUGGGAGGUGCUUUUAUAACUUCAAUAAGUAUUUGUUCUGUUCUUGGAAUUCCCUAUGGGCCUGUACAUACUUCUUUACCAUUUCUUUUAUUGGCUCUUGGGGUCGAUGAUAACUUUUUAAUAAUGGCAUCUUGGAAAGAAAUACACGCAGACAAGUCAAACCGAAAAAAGCCAUUAGAAGAGAGGGUAGCUUUAAUGUUAGGACAUGCCGGUUCGGCAAUUAGUAUUACAUCUCUGACCGAUGUUGUUGCAUUUAUUAUUGGUGCAUCAACAAUACUGCCAUCGCUUCAAUCAUUUUGUAUUUAUGCAGCUGUUGGCGUCCUAUUGACGUUCUUAUUUCAAAUCACAUUUUACGUUGCGUUUUUCACCUUGGACGCUCGACGAAUAGAGAAUAAACGGAAUUCGAUAAUACCGUGUAUCGUUCACGAUAAUUAUACACAAAAGUUUGUCAGACCGGAGGAAGAAUUUUCAUCAAAGUUAAUAAAUAAAUUGUAUUCGAACGUGGUUUUAACGAAACCUGGAAAGUUAAUAAUAGUAUUAAUAACGAUUGCCACAGCGUCAGCGGGCAUUGUGGGUAUAUUGCAAUUACAACAGUGGUUCGAUCCACGGUGGUUCAUACCAAAUAGUUCGUAUCUAAGCAAGUAUAUUAGUAUUAAAUAUCUCGAGUAUCCUGAUCGCGGUUACGAGGCAAUAAUUCUUAUGGGGAAUUUUAAUUACACUGCCGAAUAUCCAAAAUUAAUAUAUUUAACAGAAAGUUUUGCUAAUUUAUCGACGGUGGAGAAGUUGGAUUCGUGGCCCAAAGAUUUUGCAGAAUUCGUCUCCCAAUAUUAUCACAAAGAUUUAAGGAACACAAUAUUGGACGAAGGCGAUUUUUAUAGUUACCUGUCCAGGUUCUUGUUCAGCCGAAGUGGCGGCAAGUAUCAGCGAAACUUUCGUUUCAUCAGGGAUCUAAAAUGUGGACAAAGCGCUCCGCCAAUUCUAGCAACCACCAUAGACUUUAACUUCAAACGAUUCCACGGUCCUCAUCAGUGGAUCCCAGCGAUGGACGAAAGCAAAAUGGUGGCUCGCGGUGCCGGGAUCGACGGUUACGUUACAGUCUGGAGCGAGGUGUUCAGUCUGUGGGUAACCGAUAAGCUGAUCGCUCAAGAGGUCCUUCGCAAUGUUUUGUUGGCACUGAUUUGCGUUAUGGGGAUGACAGCAAUAUUGAUCGCCGAGCUGCAAACUUGCUUUUGGAUCUUUUUGUGCGUGCUUCUCACACUACUGAACGUCUGUGGAUUCAUGUACUUUUGGGGUCUGACGAUCGACAUCGCGUCUUGCAUCGGUCUGGAGCUGGGUAUCGGUUUGUCCGUGGAUUACGCGGCUCACGUUGCACACGCGUUCGUGCACGCCGCGUCCGAGACCGGAAGCGAGGAUCGCAUGAAAAGAGCCCACGUGGCAGUGAGGUAUAUCGGCGCGGCGGUUGCAUAUGGCGCGGGCUCGACCUUGCUAGCGCUCUCCAUGAUGGCGUUCUCGGAGAGUUACGUGUUCCACGCGUUCCUGAGGAUCUUCAUCUUGGUGAUAGUGUUCGGUCUGUGGCACGGGCUGUUCCUCCUGCCGGUUAUACUGAGCACAAUAGGGCCGCGGAGUCUGCGAUCGUACAGCACACCGCGGCCGUCGCCUGAGAAAAACGAGGAGGAGGCGACCGACACCGUCACCAGUCCGCUGAAUAAAGAAACGGAGAGUUAAGAGAACGCACGUCAUUAUGAUUCUUUAUCAAUAAUAUUUAUUUUUGGUUCAAUAAACAUACAAAAUUAUUACACUAUCCGUACUAUUAAUCACACAUUUAUACAAAAAUAAUAAUAAUAAUAAUAAAGGUCGGAUAACUUAAAAACGGCAUUAUUUAUAUAUAUAUAUUUAUAUUUAUCUAAUAUAUUAAGAUUAAAACAAAAUACAAAAUAAUGUAGCAAGGUUGAUAUAGAUUUAUUAAUAAUAAUUAUUGAUCGGAAAGGAACAUGACUAUUAUAAACGUAACGUAAUUGUGUUGCUUGGAUGCGUUAUCUAUGUAUAAUCAUAAUUAAUGUUUACGACGUAAAAAUGAGCGGCGAGGGAGCGACCCCGGAUUGAUUGGCAAGCUCCCUCCGCUGCCUCUCUCAGUCUUACACAGUCCACGGACAUUCAUGCAUUCUAUCAUUCUCGGUCUUUUCUGUUCGUCAUCCAUUUAUUUCCUUCUUCUUUUUUUUUUUAAUUUUUUUUCCCGCUAUUCGGCUCGUUUCUUCAGGAUCAUUGUUUCGACGGAGGAUCGAGGCCACCGUCCGAGAAGAGACGAACGGACAAACGAAAAGACCUUCACGUAUCCUCAAGCGUACACGGUCACUCAUUGACAGAGGCGCACGAUUCUCUCGAGACACACACGCACACACACACACAUACACGGUAGAGUUAGACUGCCGGGGCAGCAAGCCACGCACGAACGAUACGGCGAUACACAUCUCCUUACUUAGUCGAAUUUUACAAAUUGGGAUCGUACAUUCCAUAAUUAAUGAGGAACCAUCGAUACAAUAAUAAUAUUUACUUAGCAAAACGUGCCGAUCGGUAGUGUGGCGAAGGACGCGUGAUGUGCGAGCACAGUUAAACGCGUUACGAAGAAGGGAGAAGGGGGCAGUUUUGAUGAUGACGAUGACGGUGACGAUGGCGAUGAUAAUAACGAUGAUAUCGGUGGUGGAAGGGGAUGAUAAGUUGGCGCAGGAGGACGUUGGCAGAAGGGGAAAAGAGAAGGCAGGUUCUCUUCGUUGUUCGAGGGUUGACAACCGACCGUGGGAGAGGGUGGGUGGGUGAAGGUCGUUGGAUACUUUUGGGAGGGAGAGUUGCACAUCUGCUUGCCAGGAGUUCAAGGUACACGCACUUUAUAGGAAUACACCAUGGGAAAGACACUCAGGGCAGACACUGACAUAGAGACUAGGCUACCAGACUAUAUGUAUACCUAUCUAAACGUGUAAUUAGCGUACGCACCGCGUACACACGGUACGCCCGCACUCCGCCCGCCAGUCGGGUUCUUUUCGCUUUAUUAUUUUUCGUUUUUCCUUCAUUUUAUAAUCGGUAAGCGCGCGUAAACGCUCCGUACACUUACUUCCAUCCCUCGCUUUCCACCUGUCUUCCUCUAAUCUCGCUACAACUCCUUCCCACUGCUUUGUUCAGCGUUUUCAUUUCUUCCCUCUUCUCGUAUCUCCUCCCCUUUUUUUCUUCUCUCUCUUCCGUUUAAUUAUUAUUAUCAUCGUUUUAUUACAAUCAGCGAUC